AGAAAAAAAAAAAACCAACAAGAAGGAAGAGCAAUGGCGACAUUGGAUCGGAAACUACCCAGUCCCGAUAGGCUCCUGUGCAAGCGCUUGUCUACGUAUACCAACGCAACUGAAAUAUACGGCUCUGACAAUGUCUAUGUGGGACGUGAUGUACACACAAGAAAAGCAAUGAUACUCAGUGAUCACGACUCAUCUUUCUGUGGCCAGAUGAUGGUUUCCGUCUCGUUUUAUGCAACCCAGUCAUCAAAGCUCCGGGUUUCCAAACAUAUCGUGGUGGCUGGGGAAUAGCUGUGUGGAGACCAGAGCGGACACCCCCUCCCCACACACCUCCCGCCAUGCACAACAGGAACCAGCGCAAACACGACUCCCCCUCUGAGCCCAGGGCCCCGCAGGGCCCCGACAGGAACAGGGGGCCGCCUUCACUGAAGACCGGCGCCACCGCGCACAAGGCCGCACGGGCACCCAGGGAGCACCCUCACAGCGCGUUCGGCAGGGCCACCCAUGCCGUGUACCCCCCCAAAGCCUCCCGCGGCAAGCCCUGUAUGUCCGUCCCGGUCGUGAGUCUGGAGAAGAUGCCCAGCCUGGGGAGAGCAGAAGGAGGCCAUGUGCAUCUCAGCUGCACACCUCCCUCCUCCUCCUCCUCUUCCUCCUCUUCUUUGUACUCUUCGCCACCCCCACCGGCAUCCCACAGGUCUCAGGAGAGGCUCGUGAAUGGCAAAGGCCCUGCUCCUCCCCCUGCCCAGUUUGAACAGAGAAACGAAGCUCCGCCCUCUCCCUAUGAUUGGUGGCCAAGCUCUUCCCCCUCUGUUAUGGACAGACAAGCAAGGCUGCAUGCUCUGCCCUCUCCCUAUGAUUGGUGGCCAAGCUCUUCCCCCUCUUUGAUGGACAGGCAAGCAAGACCGCAUGCUCCGCCCUCUCCUAUGCACAAGCGAGCCAGUGCCUCUCUCUCAGUGCUGGACAGAAAGACCCAAAAUGGCACCGAGGGCAAGACAUAUAAAAGGCUAUCAGGGAGGGUUUUUGAUCCCGACAAGCACUGCGGCGUCCUGGAUCCAGAGAGCAGCAGGCCGUGCACACGAUCACUGACCUGCAAGACGCACUCCCUGACUCAUCGGAGGGCGGUGCCGGGCCGGAGGAAGCUGUUUGACACCCUGCUGGCUGAACACAAGGGCCGAGCCAAGGAGAAGGACCGGGGCUGCAGACGGGAGACUCCGGCAGGAGGUGGCGGCCUGUCGCCCGAGCCCUUGCCUGCAGAUCACGCCAACGGCAAUGACACGAGGUCUCCUCUAAAAACCAGACUGGCCAGCUUAUGUGUGCCGAGGCUGCCUGCGGCUGGUGGUGGGGGCGCCGUGGCAAUGUUCUCUUGCCCAGGUCCGCCUUUGGCACCUGUGCCUCCCUGCCCCGGGGCAGAAGGGUGUAACCGGCUGUCCAGCGAUGAGACUGAGGGUGAUGGCGAGGCCCCUGAGGGCCCCGAAGGGCCUGACUGCCAUCCGCGGCCCUUGGCGUGCUGUGCAUUCGGGGCCCGCCAGGUGGGUCCCGGGGGCUACGUGUUCGACCGGCGCUGGGACCGGCUGAGGGCGGUGCUGCAGCGAAUGGUGGAGAAACACAUCAGCUCACAGAUGUGGAAGAAGAUUCCGCUGGCUCUCGACAGCCCCGUGUCGCUGUCCGGGCCGCUCAGCUCCCCUCAGUGCCCCCCUGCCAGCCCGGUCUUCUCGCCCCUGUCGGCCCCCGCUCUCUUGCCCCCGGCCAGAUUCGCCCCACCAGCAGAUGGAGCCCCUGUGCUGGGCUACCCUGCCCCCUUCUCGCAUGCCACUGGUGGCGGACGGGGAAUCUUCAGCAUCCUGGACCCCUCCCCCACCCCGCCGGGCCUGGACCCCCUCUCGUCUGUGGGCAGACAGGCCAAGGCGAAGCCUGGGAGGAGCACACGACCUCAUGGGCCAGCCCCUGGGGCUCUGGGCGUGGCGGUCGGGGGGCGGAAGAGGAAGGCCCCUCCCACUUCAGUGUCCACCUCCGCAACAGUUUCCGCAUUGCCCCCCUGCGUCCCCCUCCCCACUCCUGCCAGUAACGGGACACCCACCCUCAGUGCCAAACCUGAGUUCUCUGGGCGCGUGGAAGGAGACUGCAGAGGCGCCCAUGUGCCUGGCUUCCAUACUCCACUAGAGGGCGACACCUGCUCACCCCACGGCCACCCUGCCGAGUCGAGGAAGCGGAAGGGAUGCGUCACCUACACCAGACCCAGCAAGGUACCCAAGCUGCCACAGGUCUCCAGCAUCUUCCGGAAGAGUGGCGCCGGCCUCCUGCCAGCGGUCCCCGAACCCCCGCUCCCUGCGUUUCCUCGACAGGGGGGAGACAUGGGAGGACAGCAGGACAGACGGCAGUGCAAUAAAAGACAAGACAAUGCAAUACCAGAACAAUAACCGAAGAUUCAGCACUGACGGGCCGCGUGUCCUGGAGUGGAGACGGUCGUCGCUGAAAGAUUGGAGACUGUUCGGGGUGUUCGCGUGGGCCUGUGCGGAUGACUCGCUUUCCGGAAGGUUCUGUGUCUCCGUCCUCCAGCUCCUCGCUCCCACACGCCGCCUACCCCGGCCUCUUUCCAUUCUUCUGUGAACUUCCGCCUUUUCCUGGACACGGAGAUGCUGUCUCGGAAUGGCCUGGAAUGCAGCUCCAGAGGAAAUGCUCCAGUCUGGAUCAGCACCAAGAUGGCCGCUUUCCGCAUGCGCUGGUUAGGUAACUUCAGACAUUCACAGUCCUCGCUUGCACAGCCUGCAAAACUUCAGCCGGUUUCCGCGUCGACAUGAACCUUCACGCAUUUCAUCCGGACGUCUGACAUUUCCAAAAUCCACUCCGAUUUCCCUGUUUUCGUUUUUUAGUGGAAGUUGUUGCUUUUUGCCAGGAAGGAUGUCGUUUAUCAGUGGGAUUUUCCUACAUGGAGGAUUAACAUGUGCUGUCAUUUUGGCCUGUCUACCUGCGGCAGGCGCUGACCGACUGUUGUGCUCCCCCUGCAGGACAGUGUUAAAAGUGCACUUAGCUUCAUGCCUUGACAGUAAUCAGGCUGGAAUAUCUAAACCUUCUGAGCGUCGAACCAAGGGAAUUUUGUUACGCGAGUGUCUUUUUGCGAACUGCGCUUUAAUAUUUGACGAUGUCAUACUCUUACUGUUUGUUUUAAAUAUUGCGAGUAAGACAAAGUUGAGAAGUUCGAAAUUGUCAGGUUGGUUUUUUACGUCGGUUUCUUUUUAACUGACCAGCUUUAUGCUGCGACUCCUUAUAAAUCCCCUUUUUCAAGCUAAAAGCAGUGUCAUAGUGUGGCUGUCAAAAGAUAGAAUUUAUCUUUUGUUAUUUUUGUAUUUAUUAAUAUUCUGUCAAAGUGGUUAAGGACUUGAAGGUUCCCAGUCGAAUGAGCACCGUGAAAUUCUGUGCAGCCUGCGAGUCCUGGAAUGGACUACAUUAAUGGGCCCACUGUGGUACACUUAGUAGAACUUCCUUGAUGUCUGUGGCAGCGUGCUGAAAACACUUUGCUAAGCUGUGACUCCCCUCCCACGUCUUGGACCAGGCCGUUACCAUGACACCUUCCCUCCCCCAAUAGCACCACAGGCUCAGGCAGACUGUAUCCCAUGUCCUGUCCCCCCUCCCCAGGUGUUGUUAACUUUGAUGAGGCCGCUUUUACGGCUCCCUUCUGUCACAGGUACGUCCCCUGCCCUUGGGCACCCCUUCUGGUAACAGGUGGCACUGCACAGAUGUGCGCAGAUGGCCGGUGAGUUCUGAUUGGGUCCCACGGUCGCGGUUUAAUUACACGUAGGCAGCAUCACUUUGUUAAAUCCUGGGCGUAAAAUACCAGCUGGAUUAAAGGGAUUGCUUGAAUGCACUUUCUCUCCUGUUUCAGGAACAUUUUUAUUUAUUUCAGUAUUUAAAAGCACUUGCUUCAAACAGCCGUAGGUGAUAGGACUAACAAACCAGGCAUUGUGUGAUUUUUUUUUUUUUUUUCCUAAUUGUCCUGCUACAAGAGGCCCCAGCGUUGCCGGUGUGUGCCUGCGUUCCCGUGUGGGGAGGCAUGAGAUCGGUGACAGGUCUCUCCAAGCCUUGGGACUCUGCUGCCCCCUGUAGAAACUCCUUCAGUCCUCUUCAGCUUUCACUCCUGGACGACCUUCUACCCAGAGAUCCUGCCUGUUGGAUCGUGGUUUUUCUUCUGUCUCAGCACUGCCACGUCUGAUGGCCACUCUGAUGCCGGUUUUCCCAUGCCACUCUGAUGCCAGUUUGCCCACACUCAUCGGAUACCCUUUGGUAGUGCGGCUGGCUCCUGUGCUUUUGAGCUGGGAUCUUUGGUCGACGUAGCCAGGAUUAGAUGAGAUUUUCGUCAUAUUAACAUUUUCCAUGCAAUGGUAAAUGAUACGGUUAAAAUAGUUAUGCCAAAUACUUCUCAUUAAUAGCAACAAGCAAUUUAACAAUUUGCUUCAACAAGUAAGACCGUAAUGUUCACAGACCAUCCCACAUCUCUGCCAUAGCUGGUUCACUUCCUAAUCAUGGCAUCCAGUGGUUGAAGGUAAAACCACAACCCACACAGAUGCACAGACGAUAACGCGUGCUCCUCAGGUAGCUUUUUGGAUUAUUAAUCCCAUUCGGAUUAGCUGGAAGGAUUUGACACAGGGCUUACUGUUUCCUUCUUUCAUAGAUGUGGGAUUAAAGGAUGUUUUCCAUGCCUAGAAAGGCCUGAGGCUUCCUUUAAGGUCUCACCGUAAGUCUUGUACCUCCCAAACGAGCCCCGCUUUGUUAAUUAAUGGACACUUCCACCACUGGCCCUUACAGGACCAGAUUAGUAAUGAAUUUUUGUAACAUUCGGUAACUGAAUUCAAGCCUUUACAGUCAGGUAACUUUCCUUUCAGACUUAGACCACUGGCUGUUGGCAGCUAAAGGAGAUCCCGUCUGAAAUACUGCUCCCAGUGUUCAGUCCCGGUCCUACGCUCUGUAUGAAUUGUUUAAAAAUGCCUUAUUUUUGUAUCCAUUGUAAACAGUACUGACCAAAUUUUUGUAGCUAAGAGUUAUUUGAUUUCUGGGAAUUCUUAUGCAGAAACGCUGUCUGAUACUUGCCUUUAGCACAUUUUCAAACGAGACUUAACAAUUUAACUUAAGGCAUUAUUAAUGGAAACAGUUUGGGUUUGUAUCUUUCGCUAUCUUACGUUAUCUGUUAAACGGCCAGAAGCUGAUAACGGCUGCGUGCUGGAGAAAAAAAAUCGAAAUCACUUUUAGUACAACUGCUGUCCCUUUUAAGAAAAUCUGCAUUAAAUUGGUCCCAAAUAGCUUGAGUUAUGUGUGUAGAUUCCCUGAGGCGUGAUCAACAAAAGCAGCCUGAGAGGAAUACAACGAGCAUGGGAUUGCGGGAUUCAGAGAGUGUUAUAAAUGAAGGAAUUAAAGAGAUACUGCCACGGAGCACCCGUUGGGAAAAGGUGGUGACUUCCUGUCUGUUUUGUACCUGGCUUUGUAAAUAAAAAAUAAUAAUUUAUAUGUUUGUAAGAAA